AUGAAACUCAACGCCCGUACCGCCCUCUCAACCCCCACCACCCUCCUGGUCCCCUACACUCCCCUCCACGUCCCCACCUACCAUGAGUGGAUGCAGUCCCCGGAUCUCCGACUUGCCACAGCCUCCGACCCCCUAACCCUCUCCGAAGAAUACGCCAUGCAGCGUUCCUGGCGCUUAGACCCGGAUAAACUUACUUUCAUUAUCUGCUUGCCUUUGCCACAUCCUCUCCGGCUGCCUGGGGAUGAAGGGGAGGAGACCAUCAAAGCCGGCCAGUACGACGACCUAGAGCGGAUGGUGGGGGACGUCAACCUCUUCAUCUACCCCUUAGACCUCGACGAAGACGAAAGCGCAGCUCCGCCGACCUCGAGUGUGGUUGGAGAGAUUGAACUCAUGAUCGCCUCACCCCUCCACCGUCGCAAGGGCUACGGGCGCGGAGCCCUGCUGGCAUUCAUCUCGUACGUACUCGCUCACUGGGCGGAGAUUGCGCGGGAGUACGCCGGUGGCACGUCAACAGCUACUGCUACCUCCUCGUCCGACGAUGCCGAGCCGCUGCGGCUGGAUCAUCUGCGUGUGAGGAUAAAUGAGACUAAUGUCGGGUCUAUCAAGUUGUUCGAGGAGCUGGGAUUCACAGCGGUGAACGAGGGCAAAGCGAACUACUUUGGUGAAGUUGAGCUACGCUGGUACGGUGGGAUGGAGGAUUUGAAGGGUAGGAGGGGUUGGGAGGAGGUACGGCAGUUGACGUAUGAAGGUCCAGGCGUUGAAUGA